CUCGACGCGAGCAAACGCAUCGCUUAUCCUCCCCAUAACCGUGUUUUAGUUAUCUAAAACGUGGUUUACUGAAUUAAAAUGUGUUAAAUAUUAAUUUGUAAUUAUAUCUAAGUGAUUUUUUGUGUAAAUUUAUUAGUGAAAGUGGUUGUUUUCGGGUAUAAUAUCGAAAUUACAUGUUCCAUUCAUAAGUUUACGUGUUAAGUUCGAAACAUAUUGACAAAAAUCCAACCAAUCAACACAUCACGAUUGACGCGAGAGAAGAGUGAUGAGCCAAUAAGAAGGAGACAAAUAAAACAGAAGACAAUAUGUCAAACAAUAUGACAGACAGACUGAAAUACCAAGAGGACGAGGAUGCUGAGAGUGCUGAGAAACUCAACCCAACAGUGGAACGCACUUUCGAAGAUGCAUUUGAACAAACAGGACACGGCAGACUGAACCACCUGGUGCUAUUCACCAGCGGUCUGAUAAUGCUGAACGUCUCCAUGGAGUCUGUCGGCAUGAGCUAUGCCAUCACAGCAGCAGAGUGCGAGCUGCAACUCACCAGCAAAGACAAAGGGCUGGUUAACGCUGCUGCUUUUAUUGGUAUAAUCAGUACCUCCUUCCUGUGGGGUUACCUGGGAGACAGGAUCGGUCGCCGUGCAGUGAUGUUGCCCGCCAUCCUUUUGUCUGCCGUCUUCUCCAUCAUCUCCUCGUUCGCCACCAACGUCUGGAUGCUCCUAGUCUUCAGGUUCCUCACUGGAUGCUUGAUAUCAGCGUCCAGUGCGACAGUGUAUGCGUACCUGGGAGAGAUGCAUGCAAACUCCAAGCGAGCUGCAGCCAUAGCGUGGAGCUCUGCCUUCAUCUCCUUCUCCUUCAUCAUAUUGCCAGGUCUUGCCUGGAUAAUAAUACCAGGAAAAUGGUCGUUCAGCUUCGCUUACAUGGAGAUAGUCCCUUGGCGGGCGUUCGUCUGGUCGUGGUGUGCCCCUGGGUUGGCUGCUGCAGUCAUCCUGCUGUUCCUACCUGAAAGUCCUCGGUACCUCCUCGCUGCUAAGGGCCCUGAUGCUGCCCUGCCAGUCUUGGCUAUGAUGUACGCCUGGAACAAUAAAGGACAGACCAUGGAAGAUUUUCCUGUGAAGCAGCUGAUUACAGGUAGUGAGGAGGUGAAGGUGGGAGGAUUUGCGGGUGCUGUGAAGAAUGUUGGCCUCAUGUUCAAGGUGCCGCUCUUGCGCUGCGUCUUUAUAUCACACAUAUCCAUGUUUGCAGUGUUCAUGGUAUCGAGUGGUCUAUACGUGUGGGUCCCAGACAUACUGAACAGUAUUUUGAGAAGUAAUACCAAUAAGAGUAUCACGAUAUGCCAGAUUAUACAUGACAAAUUCGUAAAUGCAAGCCUGCACAGUGAAUCAGCGGCCUGUGAGUCUGAGGUGUCAGUGGCAGUGUUCCCGAUCUCCAUGUCCAUGGGGGCGGUGUUCGCCCUCACAUACCUCGCCAUAGGGUUCCUCAUCAACAAAGUUGGCAAGAAAACGUUAUACAGUGGUAUAAUGUUUAUCUGUGGCAUCGCGACGAUUGGAGCUGCGUUCGUGCCCGAGGGUAUAGCGGCGACGGUGCUGCUCAUCAUCAGCCUGUGCUCAGGGUGUGCUGCCUCCAUCCUGGCGGCUAUUGCCGUCGAUGUGUUCCCUACGCAGUUGAGGGCUAUGGCGAUGUGUGUGAUGUACAUGGUGGGCCGGACGGGUGCAGCUGUCGGCUCCAACUUCCUGGGGGCCACGCUAGAUCUGCACUGCCACGAGGCCUUCGCUGCUUUCGGAGUCUUUACUGCUGCAUCAACAAUUCUAAUGAUCUUCUGGCCAGAUCCUAGGCAAGUGAGACAACAACUAGAAGAGAAAGGAUUCACAUACUAAUUCUAUGACGUCAUAGCAUAGGUUUAGGUACCAAAUUACCUAAUUUACAAGUUCCAAAAAGAGACUGAUCUUAUAGAACGCUGUUUAUAACAACGCAAUUGUAACAUUUGUUACAUUAAUGAGGCAUUUAGAUGAUUUAUAAUAGUAAUAAUUAAUUGUAAUUAUUAGCAUAACUAAAUAAAUUGAUUUACAUUAUUAUUAAGCAAAUAA